AUGACGGAGUGGAAAAUACGACUUGCGCAACCUAGUGCAGGGCACGCCAUUAUAGCGGCUGUAAGUCCCGUUAUUGAGGCGUGGAUCGGCAGAGGGCAUGGUGUCCUAACCUUCCGGAUAACGCAGGUACUUUCCGGACAUGGCUGCUUUGGAAAGUACUUGUGUCGCAUAGGCCGGGAGCAGACAUCGGUGUGUCAUCACUGCGAUGGUGGUUUAGAGAAUACGGCGCGGCAUACACUCGAAGAAUGUUCUGCAAGGGCAAAGCCGCGCCGUGAACUCAUCGCAGUACUUGGUGGGACAGACCUCUCACUGUCGACUGUUGUACAAGCUAUGGUCGACAGUGAGAGUGCAUGGGACGGAGUCGCUUCCUUCUGUGAACAAGUCAUGUUGACAAAGGAAGCGGCUGAAAGGGAGAGGGAGUUAACAUCUUUUCCCUCCCGCCGUAGACGCGCCGAUCGUCAGCGCCGUGAGGCGGCAGCCGAUCUACGACCUCCAUAG